GCAGCGCGGAGCGGAGCCGAAGUGCCACGAUGACGGCGAACGGAACGGCGGAGCCGGUGCAGAUCCAGUUCGGACUGAUCAACUGCGGCAACAAGUACCUGACGGCGGAGGCGUUCGGCUUCAAGGUGAACGCGUCGGCCGCCAGCAUGAAGAAGAAGCAGAUCUGGACGCUGGAGCAGGACGGGGAGGAUUCCAGCGCGGUGCUGCUCAAGAGCCACCUGGGCCGCUACCUGGCAGCCGACAAAGACGGCCGCGUGAGCUGCGACAGCGAGGAGCCGGGCCCCGACUGCCGCUUCCUGGUGGUGGCCCACGGCGACGGGCGGUGGUCGCUGCAGUCCGAACCGCACCGCCGCUUCUUCGGCGGCACCGAGGACCGCCUGUCGUGCUUCGCCCCGUCCGUGUCCCCCGCCGAGAAGUGGAGCGUGCACCUGGCCAUGCACCCGCAGGCCAACCUCUACAGCCUGGCCCGCAAGCGUUACGCGCACCUGGGGCCGCGCCGCGACGAGCUGGCCGUGGACCGCGACGUGCCGUGGGGAGUGGACGCGCUCAUCACGCUGCUCUUCGUGGAGCAGCGCUACAGCCUGCAGAGCUGCGACCACCGCCUGCUGCGGGCCGACGGCCGCCUGGUGCCCUCCGCCGAGCCCGGCACCGCCUUCACGCUGGAGUUCCGCUGCGGGAAAGUGGCGUUCCGCGACGGGGAGGGCCGCUACCUGGCGCCGUCGGGGCCCAGCGGGACGCUGAAGGCGGGGAAGAGCAGUAAGGUGGGGAAGGAUGAGCUGUUCGCGCUGGAGCAGAGCUGCCCGCAGGUCGUGCUGCGCGCUGGGAACGACCGGAACGUGUCCACCCGGCAAGGUGAGGGCCGUGGGGGGAGCGGGACGCGCGCGGGUGACCCGGGGACGAGGAGCGUCGCGGCCCCGCGGUGCUCUCGGCUGCGCCCGCAUCCGUCGGGCAUCGCCGCCCCAUCGCCGCAGCGGACAUCGCUGCUCCCGGUGCCCCCCCGCAUCCCCGCGGCAGGGCGGCCUCCCCCGCUCCUCUCCCGCAGGAUCCCCGCUUCUCUCCACAGACACCUCCUUUGGAUCUCUGCUCCCUCCGAAGCCCCCGUCUCUCCAUGA